AUUGAUAUUUUCGAACCUCUUCGAUACAGUUCGAUAAAAUUCAAAAUGGGAGCGACGUUAGAUCUUCGGUUUUUAUCAACAUGAAUUCCUCCAUAAAUUUAAGCGUUUCUAAUUGUUAUUCGUGUGCUUUUGAUAACUAUUUUUGUUAGGAACAGCUAUUAAUACAAAAUUGCUCAUAAUGUGGUUCAUAUUAUUCGCAGUUUUUACCUUUAAACUAAUGUGUAUUUUUAUCUUUGUUAUCUAUUGCGUUGUCACUUUUCUUCUGGUUAUGUAUAAUGCUCAAACUGAGGAACUGAGAAGAUGUAUCGUACCCCAAGAUACAAACUUGGAUGUGAAAUUUCCGACUGGAAGUCGCGAGAGCGUAGAUGAUAAAUUGGAAGUGUUAACGGAAAAGCUUACAGAAAAAGAACGCGUGUUACAGAAAUCGCAAUGUGAAAUAAAAAAUGCAGAAAAGGCGUUAACUGAUCUGGAAAAUAAAACAUCGUCCUGCCGAGAUCGAUAUCGCUCGUUGAUGAUCGAAUUAAAAAAGGACAUUCGAGAAACUGAGGAUGAGGUGAGAACGCUGCAAAAUCAAAUAUCGAAUUUAUCGAUUCGACGAGAAGCUCUUAGGAGCGAGGCAUUAAAGCAACAAGAAGAUUAUCAGAAAAUGCUGAGUGGGUUUUCCAAGGAAUUGGAAAGUAAAAAAACAUUAUUCUCUUCUGGUAUCGAGAAAUCAAGACACCAUCGUGUGAGUUGUUUCAGUUUACCAUGAAAAAUUUCAUCGACUUUUCUGUAUAUAUAAUAAUUAUUUUUAAUCAAAGAACAAAAAUUAGAGUGAGUAAUUAAAGAGUGCCACUAAAUGUUGCUUUGUCGAAAAUCGUCGUAGUAUCGAAUGAUUAAGAAAAGAGCUUUUUUUUUCAAUCGGAUCAUAAUUUUUAUUUAAUAAUCGCAAUAUAUACAUUCGAGUAAAUGAUCAGUAUGGAAGUUCCUUUGCGUUCAAUCGCAUGGUACAAAUUAACAUUGAGAAAUUAAAAUUUAAUUCGAGUGACAAAUGGAUUUCGAUUACGCGUAUGAAUUAUACUUUUCGGAUUGAGACAAAAAAUGCAAAAUAGAUUACAUCUAUUUUAUCAAUUAACGUAUUGAUUGCCGAUGAUUGUAGAUAUUUUCGAUGAAGUAGAUAAUUUUUAAAGAUAACCAGGACACUGUACUAAAGUUUAAACAUUAAAUAAUAUAGAACGUAUUAUAUGAUAAGAAAGUAAAGCAAGAAUCAAGAAUCAUAAAAGUAAUUUUUACAAGCAGUACGAUAUAUCGAAGUCAGAAGAAUACUUAAUUCUUAAAACAGACCUCUUUACUUCAUUUUGUUUGGAGAUAGAAAAAAUAUUUUAUAUACUCAAUUUAUUGAAAUGAGAAUAAAAAUAAGGAGGUCA